AUGCUGCGCCCGGUUCCGCCUCUGCCACGGAAAGAGCAAAAAGCCGCUUCGCCGAAUGGGACCGGUCCCGCUCCUCCCACACGAAACGGCUCCACGAGGGUCCCUUCCAAAGCGGAGGAGUCUGGUGGCCGUGGUCUUGAAACAGGUGCGGCCGUGUGGGUGUCUAACCCGUCCCAGGUAUGGACAGCUGGUGAGGUCACUCAAAGCACGAGCAGCCAUGUGGUUGUGAAGCUGGUUUCGGCUGAUUCACCCGAAGAUGACCUGGAGGACCUGGAGGUGCCGCACACAGGUGGCAAGGUGCGACUGCUUCGGCGGGAUACAACCAUCGUCGACGCCGCAGCUCUCCAGUACGAUGACUUAACAAACGUGCCAGAGCUACACGAGGCUGCACUUCUGCAGGCAAUCGCGGACCGGUUUCAGCGAGGGCGCAUUUACACUUUGACAGGUCCCGUGCUUCUGGCGGUCAACCCUUUUCGACACAUGCCUGGCCUGUAUUCGCCGGAGAUGCUUCGCAGCUUUGUCUCGGCCGAGAAGCUUCAGCCCCACAUCUUCAGCAUUGCCAAUCGGGCUUAUCAAGGCAUUCUCGAUCACGACGAGUCUCAGACCGUCCUGGUCAGUGGAGAAAGUGGUGCUGGAAAGACAGAGACGACGAAGUUUGUGAUGCACUUCCUGGCACUGACCGGAGCCGAGGCGGUGGUGAGCGAGGGCGAGAAGCCACUGUCUAGGGUGGAGCGACAGGUGCUCAGGUCAAACCCAUUGCUUGAAGCUUUCGGGAAUGCGCAGACCCUUAGAAAUCACAAUUCAUCGAGGUUUGGCAAGUACAUCGAGCUGCAAUUUGGCUUUGACGACGGGCUCGCCGGGUCGAAGAAGCGGCUUAUUGGAACGAGGAUUCGCACCUACCUCCUCGAGACGGUUCGUGUCAUUGACCAUCAGCCUGGUGAGAGGAGCUUCCACAUCUUCUAUCAGGCCCUUCAAGCCGCAUCGGCGCACUUGCCUGAGCUGGACGGCGUGGUGAGGGAGCACCUUGGGAAGAUUGAGGGAAUCUCCUGCUUCAAAAACCUUGGCGACUCGAAAUGCUCUGAGCUUCUGGAUGACACCGGGGACUUUCAGGCAACGCUCGCUGCCAUGCAAACUAUGGGUUUCCAUGCGCAUGAAGUCGCCGACGUUCUCCGGGCUGUGCUUGCAGUGCUACAUGUUGGAAACAUUGAGUUCACUGUGCCUGCGAAGAACAGCGAGGCAUCCGAAGUGCUUCCCUCCACCGGAGCGUCGGAUGAUCUCAAAGCUCCCUUGGAUGAAGCCUCCGAGCUCCUGGGUUUAUCGGGGGCCCAGCUGGCCGAAGUCCUCUGCUACCGGACGAUGCAAGCACCGGGGGAGCAGGUCAUCCGCAUGGGAAACACCACGAAGCAGGCGGCCGAGUGCAGAGAUGCCCUGGGACGGUAUCUCUAUCAUGCACUCUUCAAGCACAUCGUGGAGAAGACAAAUGCCUCCAUUGGCUUCAAGCCAGAGGCCACUUUCUGUGGAGUGCUGGACAUCUUUGGCUUCGAGUUCUUCAAGGUCAACUCCUUCGAGCAGCUGUGCAUCAACUUCACCAACGAGUUGCUGCAGCAGUAUUUCAACAACUUCAUCUUUGAGAAUGAGACCAUUCUCUACCAAGAGGAGGGUGUGCCCUGGCAAGAUGAAGACUUCCCGGACAACGCCGGCAUAGUGAAGCUUUUGCAGUCCUCGCCAUCAGGGAUCUUUCCCAUGCUCGACGAGGAGUGCUUCGUGAUAGGCGGCACCUCUGGCAGCUGGCAUAGGAAGCUCAUACAGACGCAUCAGAACCAUCCUUCUUUCGGCGUGGUGAAGCUGCAAAACUCUACCUUCAUCGUGAAGCACUUUGCCGGUCCGGUGACCUACACAGUGGAUGGGUUUCUCGAGAAGAACCGUGACCGUCUUUCACAGGACCUUGUCCGGUGUCUGGCCGGCAGUGAUUGGCCCUUUGUGCGGAACUGUUUUAAAGACAGCGCCGAGAACUCCGUGUCUCGCUCGCCCUCGAUUCGUGGAUCUCCGCUGUCGUCGAACAGCCCGAAGGUGCGGGCACAUCGGUCCACAGUGUCGUCGGAAUUCCGGCAGCAGCUGCAGGACCUGAUGGGGCAGAUCCGGACCACCACGCCGCACUUUGUACGCUGCAUCAAGCCCAACGCAGAGAAUCGGGCAUUUGUUGACGCUGCAGUUCCCGACCCCCGUCCUCUUUUCGACAGGAGUUCCGUUGCAGAGCAGCUCAGCUACCAGGGUGUCCUUGAGGCGAUUCGCGUAGCCAGAGCAGGCUAUCCAGUACGCUACUAUCACUUUGACUUCUUGGCGGCUUUCCGCUGCAUUGCAUGCAAAGACGUUCAACUGGAGAUGGAGGCUGCGAUGCGGAAGUUCCAAGAAAGCUGUGCCGACAGCUUCCUGGUCGAGAGCAUCCGGCGGCUGCUCGAGUCUGAGCCCUUGCGCUCAGCCUGUGAAAAUGCCGUGGCAGUGGGGAGGACUCGCGUCUUUCUGAAGCAGUCGGCUGCAGGGCGCUUGCGGGUGGCCCAGGCACUCGCUCGGGCGGCUGCCUGCACUCGGCUGCAGGCGUGGUACCGCGGAAACUCCGCCCGACAGCAGGCCGCCGUCCGGCGCAGGGCGGUGAAGGCCCUCCAAGCGGCCUACCGGGGCUUUCGACUUCGGCGCCGUCUCAAGGAGGAGAGGAGAGCUCGAGCUGCUUCGUUGAUCGUGGCGGGCUUGUCGACGCUUGUGGCACGGCGCCGGCUGGGCUGCGUGAGAUAUGUCUGUACCGCACUACAAAGCUUGGUGCGAAUGCGGGCCUGCAGGAAAGAAUUUGCGAGGUUGCGGCAGGCGACAUGCAGGAUUCAGGCCUGGUGGCGCUCUUGGCUGAGGCGCCGGAGGAUGAGGGAGCUCCCCAAGCAUCUGCGGAACAUCCAGCGAUGCUGGCGUGGGGCAGUUGGCCGCCGGCAGGCAGCCGACUUUCGGCUUGGCUUGUUCCGCUUGAAACGUGCCUUGCGUCGGCUGCUUCGCCUCCGCUGGGCGGCUCUGAAACAUCGCAAGUGGCGGCAGGGCGUCAUGGUGAAUUACCGGGGAGCCUCGGCACAAGCGCAGCCUCUGGCAAAGGCAGAGUUGCUGCAGAAGCUCCUUCAGCUGGAGGCGGAGCACGCCUUGCUUGAGCGCCAAGCUGCGAUCCUCCGACAAGACCAUUCCGACUUGAAAGCAAGCCUUGUUGAGGCGAAGUCCAGCUCCUUUUUGCGGGUGUUCGGACUAGUGUGA